UCUCGCCAGCCGUCUCUGCGCUCGAACCUUCUUCGACAUCCCUCCUCCCGAUCCAUCUGAGGCUUCCCGAGGGUUUUCAAGGGAGACGGGAAGAUGUUCGGGAGGGCGCCGAAGAAGAGCGACAACACCAAGUACUACGACGUACUCGGGGUCUCGAAGAACGCCUCCCAGGAUGAUCUGAAGAAGGCGUACAGGAAGGCCGCGAUCAAGAACCAUCCCGACAAGGGCGGCGAUCCGGAAAAGUUUAAAGAAUUGGCACAAGCCUAUGAAGUCCUGAGUGACCCUGAAAAACGAGAGAUUUAUGAUCAAUACGGUGAGGAUGCUCUCAAGGAAGGAAUGGGUGGAGGUGGUGGAGGCGGAGGCCACGAUCCAUUUGACAUUUUCCAAUCUUUCUUUGGUGGAAGUCCUUUCGGUGGUGGUGGAAGUAGCAGAGGCCGAAGGCAGAGAAGAGGUGAGGAUGUCAUCCAUCCUCUCAAGGUGUCUCUCGAAGAUCUUUAUAAUGGCACGUCCAAGAAGUUGGCACUAUCUCGCAACGUUAUUUGCUCCAAGUGCAAAGGUAAAGGGUCCAAGUCUGGUGCUUCAAUCAAAUGUGCGGGUUGUCAGGGUUCUGGAAUGAAAGUUUCCAUUAGACACCUUGGCCCUUCUAUGAUCCAGCAGAUGCAACAUCCAUGCAAUGAUUGCAAGGGUACCGGGGAGACUAUAAAUGACAAGGACCGCUGCCCGCUAUGCAAGGGUGAUAAGGUGGUUCAGGAGAAAAAGGUCCUGGAGGUAAUAGUGGAAAAGGGUAUGCAAAAUGGACAGAAGAUAAAAUUCCCUGGGGAAGCUGAUGAAGCUCCUGACACCCUAACCGGUGACAUCGUGUUCGUCUUGCAACAAAAGGAGCAUCCCAAGUAUAAGAGGAAGGGAGAUGACUUGUUCUAUGAACAUACAUUGUCCCUUACCGAGGCACUUUGCGGCUUCCAAUUUGCAUUGACUCAUUUGGAUAACAGGCAGCUUCUUAUUAAAUCCCAACCUGGAGAGGUUGUUAAGCCUGACCAAUUCAAGGCAGUAGACGAUGAAGGGAUGCCUAUCUACCAGAGGCCAUUCAUGAAGGGCAAACUUUACAUCCACUUCACGGUGGAGUUCCCCGACUCCCUGAACCCGGAGCAAUGCAAGGCCCUGGAAACAAUUCUGCCACCAAGGUCAUCAGCGCUGCUCACUGACAUGGAAUUGGAUGAGUGUGAGGAAACGACUCUUCACGAUGUUAACAUCGAGGAGGAGAUGCGGCGAAAGCAGGCGCAGGCCCAGGAGGCUUACGAGGAGGAUGAUGACAUGCACGGUGGGGCCCAGAGGGUGCAGUGCGCCCAACAAUAAUGAGGUGCUGAUCAAAUGAAAUAAAUUUAAAAGCGGUGGAUUGGCUAGCAUCUGAACGUUGUGGUUGUGCAACCCUGUGGAGACCGAGUUAUCUUCGAAAUUGUGUUUCCGUUGUUCUAGCUCCUAGAUUUUAGUCUCCUUUUUUUGGAAGUUUGCAUUGAUAUUGAAAGAACGUAAUGAAGAUUUUAGUAUGUGGACCUGCGCGACUUAAAAUUAUGUUAUUGCAUCGUAUAUUUUGUAUGCACUCAAGACAGUGUCGCCUACUGUUCAUUUA